AUGGCCGCCAACGGCCCUGGACUGCGCCCUCUCCUCUCUCUGCCACGACGACUGUCUCUGUCUCCCAUCAAAUGCAUUACAUGGCGACGUCCUGUCUGCUCAGGUACCGCCGCCCGCCUCUUUGUGGCAUCGCCUCGUCAUCGCCCAGACGUGUUCGCCUGGCCAGCCUGCAGCGUGGAUCCGGCGACGUGUCGAGAGGGCUCAACAACAGUAGUAGCAGCAUCGUGGUGCUUGCUAAACACGUUGGCAGCAGAGACGGCUAUUGUGUGCUAUUCAUUAUACUGCACACAGACUGGUCGUAUACACACUCGUCCGUCGUCCAUGUCCACCGCCUCAAGUGGUCAGGCAGCCACGGCCCGGCCCAAUCAGGAGGCGGCGAGCAAAGAGUGGUGUUGGGGCUUGGCGGCAGAUGGCCACGGUCAUGUUGCUUCUCUUCGCACUGGCAGCCCUCAGGUUCGCGCCUGGCCAGCCCAAGCACAUGUCGAGCAGUGCGUGACUUGGAUGCCCGGCCCUAGGCAUGUCAUGGACUAG